ACUUGUAAUUACUUCUCUAAUUUUCAGAGUCAAACUGAUGAAAUCCCUGUAUUGACAAUCAAAGAUAAUUCUAAAUAUGGUACCUUUGUUAAUGAGGCAAAAAUGCAAAAUCACCUUCCCCAAACUUUGAAGACAGGGGAUAGAGUCACCUUUGGAGUGUUUGAAAGUAAAUUCAGGGUAGAGUAUGAGCCUUUGGUUGCCUGUUCUUCUUGUUUAGAUGUGUCUGGGAAAACUGCUCUAAAUCAAGCUGUGUUGCAACUUGGAGGACUCACUGUGAACAGCUGGACAAAAGAAUGUACUCACCUUGUCAUGAUGUCAGUGAAAGUCACCAUGAAAACGAUUUGUGCACUCAUUUGUGGAUGCCCCAUUGUAAAGCCAGAGUAUUUUACUGAAUUUCUCCAAGCAGUUCAGUCCAAGAAACAGCCUCCACAAAUAGAAAGUUUUUACCCACCUAUUGAUGAACCAGCCAUUGGAAAUAAUAAUAUUGAUCUGUCAAGGCGGCAGGAAAGAAAAGAGAUCUUCAAAGGAAAAACAUUUGUAUUUUUAAAUGCCAAGCAGUAUAAGAAACUAAGUUCAGCAGUUGUCUUUGGAGGUGGAGAAGCUAAGUUGAUAACAGAAGAAAAUGAAGAAGAGGAUAGCUUCUUUUCAGCUCCUGGAACGUGUGUUAUUGAUAUUGCAAUAACCAGUACACAAACGGUACUUCCUGACUCUCAGAAAAAAUGGAUUCACUCAAUUAUGGAGAUGCUUCAGAGGGUGUUCCUGGAGCACUCGGUGGAGUCCUCUAGGAUGACGGAGGAUAUAGAUUCCCCAGCACAGGGCAAAAUCGCCAAUCACCUACCAGAAAAAUGUGGUGGACCAGAGAAAGCUCAUCCCAGCUGA